AAAAUAGAAAUUUGACAGCAGUAAACAGCGUGAGUUCAAACAUAACCUCAAAAUAAUAACAAAAGCAUGAGAAACUCAUGGUUGUUAAGCUAUUGUAAAAAUAAUUAUUGAAGAUACGUUUAACUAUAUCAUAAAAAUAAUAAACUUCACAUUUCAAAAUGGGGAGACGUAAGGGAAAGUGCGUAAAGAAAAACCCAGCAAGUAAGGAGUCUUUAGAGCCAGAAAACUUGGUAAAGGCUCCGCAUUCGUUUGUGAUCCAUCGUGGACAUUGCAGCAAGGAUCUACAAGACUUGGCCAAAGACUUUAGGAAGAUUAUGGAGCCGUUUACAGCAACACAACUAAAGGAAAGAAAGAAGAACACAAUAAAAGAUUUUGUAUCGGUGUCCGGUUAUCUGCAUGUAUCACACAUGAUGGUCUUCACGGAAACAGAGCUUGGCUCCUACAUGAGGCUGGCAAGGCUACCACGAGGACCCACACUCACUUUCCGCAUCCACAAUUACAGCCUCGCGCGCGACGUGAUCUCGUCCCUGCGCAAGCAGUACGUGAUGAUGCGCGCGUUCCAACACGCCCCGCUCAUCGUACUGAACAGCUUCUCCGGCGAGGGCAUGCACAUGAAGCUGAUGGCUACUAUGUUCCAGAACAUGUUCCCAACUAUUAACAUUACUACUGUGAAACUGAAAAAUAUACGCAGAUGUGUUCUGAUGAAUUAUAACCCGUCGACGAAACUGAUAGACAUGAGGCAUUAUGUGAUCCGAGCCACUCCCGUCGGACUCAAUAAAGGAACUAAAAAGAUGGUUCAAGGCAAAAUACCUAACUUAAAUCGCUGCAAGGAUAUGUCAGAAUUCUUUGAUAAGGCAGGAAUGUUGUCAGAAAGCGAGUUUGAAGAUGAUCCCAAUGCACAAGUGGUGCUGCCUCAGAACCUGGCUUCGCGAGGAGCUGCAGCCGAGUCCAAAUCAGCUAUAAGGUUAUUCGAACUUGGACCCAGGAUUACGUUUCAACUGUUGAAGGUGGAAGAUGGCUUAAUGGACGGCGAAGUUUUAUACCACGAUUUACUAGAAAAGACGGAAGAAGAAAAGGCACUGAUUAAGAAGAAAAGAGAACAGAAGAGGAAGCAGAAAGAGAAACGUAAAGCACAACAAGAUGAGAAUGUCAAACGCAAACAGAAGGAGAAAGAAGAACUCAAACAGAAGGCACUGGAGGGUAUCAAGAAGAAGAAAGAAAUUACGGAAAGUCAGAGGCUGAUGGAGUUGGCAGCUGCAGAGUCGCAAGGCGUGCAGGAAAUGGAUGAAGAUGACGCAGAUUAUUACAGGCAGGAAGUGGGGGCCGAGCCAGAAGAAGAUCUUUUUACCCACAAGUCUAAUAAGAGGAAAGCUGACGACGACAGCGUGCGAGGCUUCAAAAAGAUGAGGCUGGACAAAAAAUUGAAGAAGAAAUUUCACAAAAACCAAGAUACCCCUCACCACAACCAUAAAGGUGGUGAAAGAAAGUUUCAGAACCAAACAGACGGUAAAAGAAAGUUCCAGAACCAAGCAGAAGGAAAAAGGAAAUACCAGAAUCAAACAGAAGGAAAAAGACGGUUCCAGAAUCAAGCAGAUGGAAAAAGAAAUUUCCAGAAUAAAGAAGGUAGAGGAAAAUUCAAUAAAUCAGCCGGCGGCAGAAGACAGCAGAACGACAAAGGACAGAAACCUUUCAACAAACAGAAGAAGGUAUUUGGCGGCAAGAUAAAUAAAUUCAAAGGCGCUAAAGGGCGUGUAGGAAAGGGUAAAAGUAAAGGAAAAAGUAAGAAAUAAUAUCAAUUUAGAUAAUAUUAUGGCUGUGUAAAUUGAAAAAAAUGAGUAAAUUGGAAAAAGAUAUAAGUUGUAUUAGUAAUAACAUCGUUUUUUCUUUUAAUAAAACAAGUAUAAAAUGUA